GUGGCCACAUCACAUCACGUUUUCUCCUCACUCAAGUACCAACAUUUUUCCUAAGAAGAGACAAUGUCAAGAUGAUCCUGUUGUGGGUUACACUGCUUGCUCUUCAUCGAGGACAUGCACAUGUUCCAGUGACCACAGUUCAACUUGGUGAACCUGUAACCUUCACAUGCCCUCUGCCUAAUACUCAGGUCAGCCAUAGAAAACUCCACUGGUACAAGCAGAGUGCAGGAGACACUCUGAAAGUAAUUGUGACACUGAAGAAACCUGCCUCGACUCAGUACGCACCAGGUUUUUCUGAAUCAAGAUUGAAGGUAAACUAUGAAAACAAUUUUAGCAACUUGACCAUUCUGAGGACAAUCCAAGAAGAUGAGGGAAUGUAUCACUGUGAAGUAACGGAGUGGACUGCGGCGACGGUAUGGAGUGGGACAUAUUUGUUACUAAAAGGAAACACUCAGAGGACAUCAAACCUAAGUGUUGUUCAGUGGUGGACAGGAGCUCAUCCAGUCCGUGAAGGAGACUCAGUGACUCUGCAGUGUUCGGUCUUCUCUCACGACAUGACGCGUCCAGGAGAUCACCAUGUGUUCUGGUUCAGAGUCGGAUCGAACAAAUCUCAUCCAAACGUUGUCUACGCUCAUGGAAAGAAUGAAUGUGACAGGAGAUCUGGCGCUCAGAAGAGUUGUGUUUAUCGCCUCUCUAAGAACAUCAGCUCCUCUGAUGCUGGGACUUACUACUGUGCUGUGGCCACAUGUGGGGAGAUAUUAUUUGGAGAUGGAACCAAACUGACAAUCGAGCAAACAGCAAGCUCUGUGUUUAUUGUCCUGGUGAUAGUAAUCGCCUGCUUGGUCAUUUCUUUGAUUGGAAAUAUUGUUUUGAUCUGUUACCGAACUCCAAGACCAAGAUGUGAAUCUAAAGGAACAAAAAGUGCCCCUUUGCAAGCAAGACAUGACAGCUUAAGACAACCAGUAGAUGAUAUUACUGAAGGUGGAGAUGAUCUGAACUACGCUGCGCUGCAUUUGUCUGGAAGGAGAGCAAGCAGAGAGAAGAGGAGAGAGCCGGAGGCUGAAGAAAGCCUGUACGCUCAGGUUAAAUGCCGAGUUUGAAUGUGUGUAAAAAAUGUGGUUUGGCGACUAUGAUGUGACCUCUGACAGGUGACCCCAGGUGACAUUGGGAAUAUUGUGGAUUUCCUCCUGACUUUGAUGAGAGAGCGGUGUUGCAUGAUAAAAGCCGAUAUAAUAGCAUUCAGAGAUGUUCUUUUUGUUCCAUCCUUUACCAUUAUUUGUAAGUGUUCAUUCUCUUAUCUUAGAAAUAUUAACCCAAGCUGUUGUUUAAAUAAUAUACACUCUAUUAAAGCAUGCAUCUGUCAAAUUUCUCUGCUUUUUCUUAGUUCAAAAUAUUCAUUGUCUUUAUUUGGAAUCCAGAGAUUUGGUUUGUAAAGAAAAUUGUGGCUCAAAUUCCUUGUGAAUGUCAAAUGUUCAUGUGUGACAUGUGUAUGAGGGGGCGUCCUCAUGCAACAUCAUCUACACUGAUACAAAGAGACACGACGAAUGUGACAAGAGGGCUGUUUUUAUCGUUCUUCUAUGAACAUCAGCUCCUCUGAUGCUGGGACUCACUACUGUGCUGUGGCCACAUGUGGGGAGAAAUUAUUUAGAAAUGGAGCUAAAGUGAAAACUGGUAUUAGUUUCUGUUCAUCUUUCAUUGUGCUUAUUGUUGAGCUGACGCACAAUAGCAGGAACUUAUGUUUUAGCCUCUAUAGUACUUGUUGUUCCUUUGUGUAGCUCUUUGAACUCAGUCUCUUCAUAUACAGUAUUUAAUCCAAAUAGUAAAAUAGAAAUAGAAUAGAAUAGAAAAUUUCCACUUUCCAUUUUCCAGGACUCGCAUACCGUGUAAUUGCAUCUCAGGUUUUUAACAGUGUUGACAUAAAAUCGACUGUAUAAGAAAUGCUCAUUAACUGAAUCUGAAAUUGAAAAAUGUUCUUAAAUUAAA